AUGAGAACUGAGUCCAUCUUGGGGCUAAUUUUGCUUGCUAAGUUGGUAUCCGUCCUUACACAAUUGUUUGCAAUAGUCCCUAUGGCUGCGCACGCGGCACGACUCGCCAUCUGCUCUCGGAGAUCCUCUUCGCUUCGUAACACUGGACGUACCGACACUACUAUAUAUCUUGUUCUUAUCAUAGAUUUCAAGCCUCAAUCAAUAUUAAGUGGGUUUAAAUUUCACACUCAAAAGCAAUUAGUAACCGUGAGAUCUGAACUUUCCAAUAUAAUUUAUAAAAGACAUCGGAACUUUAAGGAUGCAAAUGAAAUAAUUUCGCGUUUUGAGGACAUGAUAUAG